GCGGGGACACUUCCUUGAUGACGGGGUCAACAAUAUGGCGCUGUCCGUGUUUCACAGAAAUGCUUCAUUUGUCAGUUGAUGUGCACUUUUUUAGUCACAGCUUUAUACGUCUGUUGGUAGAUUCAACAAAACCGUGAAGGGUUAUCGGUUCAAUUUACUUAAAGCCCAAAGGACUUCCGUUUGAGGAGGAAACAUGUCUGGGUCAAACGCCUGGAGCCGCAGUCGAGAGAAGAUGAGACUUUUCCCUGAACUGUUUGCACAGUGCGCAGGAGAGGCGGCGUCGUACGGGAAGUGCGUGGCGGCUUCCACGACGGGCCGACAGGAGCUGAAGAAGGACACGUGCGCCAAGGAGUUCCAAGCGCUGAAGACCUGCUUCACCGCCGCAGCCAAGAAAAAAGCCAGAUGAAUGGAAUCCGUCCAGGUUUUGUCCGAGCUGGAAGGGAAGCGACGCGGCGGGACGACUUCUGGCGCUGCCUGUUAAAGACGUGUCACGCGUGUAAAGUAAUACUGACUGUAUUAUACGCAGGUGAAUAAAAUGUUGCUUUAUUCUCCGCACAUGGA